CAUUGAAGAUGGGAGUCUAGGUUAUGCAAAUGCAGAUGUUGUCAAGCUCCAAGGUUGGGAUGCCGAUUACUCCAAAACCGUGGCUCAAGCAUCUCUUGAGUGCCCUCAAACGAUUAGUUUUAUCAGAUAGGAAGCUCCCAGAUAAGAAGAGCCUGUACAUAAGGUUGGGAUGCCGCGGAGAUUGGCCAAACGUCAAGCCCCCUGGGUGGGAUCCAUCGACUGCUGAUGAUUCUGCAACGUCUCCGGACACAUUGUGAGAAAAUUCGAGUUGCCAGCACAUUAGAGAAUAAGAUAGAUGGAGACCAAGGGCAAAUAGAAAUGUCAUCCUCCAAUUCUUCUCGAAUUUAGUGAUAUCUAAAUAAUCAAUUUAUUUUACUGAGGCUCCUUUCUCUCUUUCCCCA